AUGUCAACUCUAUUUACUCCUUGUGAUGAAGAAUAUGAAUCAAGACUUGAUGAAUAUGAACCAGAAUCACAAUUAUAUGAAUCUGAACGAACAUCACAAUUAGAUGAAUCUGAACCAACAACACAAGAAUUGAAUAGUAGCAGUAAUGAAUAUACAUAUACUAG